UGUGACAACAGCAGGGAGCCGUUCUGAUUCCUGUUGUCACUUAGCAGCUCACCCACCAGGCGUUCGGAGAGACAAAGAGGUGGACACGGGAGGAGGCAGCCAGACUCAACUCACACCCAUCCUCCUGCCGUGGCACUGCCUGCGUGGGGAUGACAAGUGCACAGACACGGAAGCACCGGGCCACACGCCCCUAGGAAAACCCAGCAGCGCACAGAGGCUCGGGGACGGGCGCCCACACUCGGAUACCGCGUGACGCAGGCGGCAGCUGGAAGGACACCCGGGAGUUACAGUCGCACGCGGCCCGCACACUGGUGCACACCCCGAGACAAAGGAGUGGGGCCACGGUCACCGGCGCCGCUGCCACCGAGCCCUUCUAGCUGCUUCUGGAUGCCAGAGGAGGGAAGCCAGGCUCAGAGGGCCCCAAGCUGAGAAUGAAGCGGAGAGCAUCGGACAGAGGAGCUGGGGAAACGUCGGCCAGGGCCAAGGCUCUAGGAGGUGGCAUUUCCGGAAAUAAUGCAAAGAGAGCUGGACCGUUCAUCCUGGGCCCUCGCCUGGGCAACUCCCCGGUGCCCAGCAUCGUGCAGUGUUUGGCGAGGAAGGACGGCACGGAUGACUUCUAUCAGCUGAAGAUCCUCACCCUUGAGGAGAGGGGGGACCAAGGAAUAGAGAGCCAGGAGGAGAGGCAAGGCAAGAUGCUGUUACACACCGAGUACUCUCUGCUCUCCCUCCUCCACACGCAGGACGGCGUGGUUCACCACCACGGGCUCUUCCAGGACCGCACCUGUGAAAUCGUUGAGGACACGGAAUCCAGCCGGAUGGUUAAGAAGAUGAAGAAGCGCAUCUGCCUUGUCCUCGACUGCCUCUGUGCCCACGACUUCAGCGACAAGACUGCCGACCUGAUCAACCUACAGCACUACGUCAUCAAGGAGAAGCGGCUCAGUGAGCGGGAGACCGUGGUCAUCUUUUACGACGUGGUGCGCGUCGUGGAGGCCCUGCACCAGAAAAACAUCGUGCACAGGGACCUGAAGCUUGGAAACAUGGUGCUCAAUAAAAGGACGCAUCGGAUAACCAUCACCAACUUCUGCCUCGGGAAGCAUCUCGUGAGCGAGGGGGACCUUCUGAAGGACCAGAGGGGGAGCCCCGCCUACAUCAGCCCAGACGUGCUGAGCGGCCGGCCGUACCGGGGCAAGCCAAGCGACAUGUGGGCCCUGGGCGUGGUGCUCUUCACCAUGCUCUACGGCCAGUUCCCUUUCUACGACAGCAUCCCGCAGGAGCUCUUCCGCAAGAUCAAGGCGGCCGAGUACACCAUCCCCGAGGACGGCCGGGUUUCCGAGAACACCGUGUGUCUCAUCCGGAAACUGCUGGUCCUCGACCCCCAGCAGCGCCUGGCCGCCGCCGACGUCCUGGAGGCCCUCAGCGCCAUCAUCGCGUCGUGGCAGUCCUUGUCGUCACUGAGCGGGCCUCUGCAGGUGGUUCCCGACAUCGACGACCAGAUGAGCAGCGCCGACAGCUCCCAGGAGGCGAAGGUGACGGAGGAGUGCUCCCAGUACGAGUUUGAGAACUACAUGCGGCAGCAGCUGCUGCUGGCCGAGGAGAAGAGCUCAGUGCACGAGGCCCGGAGCUGGGGGCCCAAGCGGCAGUUGGGCAGCGUGCCCCCCGUGCGGCGGCUCGGCCAUGACGCGCAGCCCAUGAACCCCUUGGAUGCGGCCAUCCUGGCGCAGCGCUACCUGCGCAAGUAGCCCCAUCGCCCGGGCCGCCCGCCACCUCCUCCAGCCCCCAGGUAGCGGCCCCCACCCCCCUCACCCCCGACGGCCGGGGCAGGGACAGCGCAGGGACAGCGCAGGUCACACGCGGGGUCAGCGGACGUACCACGAAGCUACUUGGGUAAUGAUUGCUUGAUUGUUUGGUUUUUUAAUCUGAGAAGCCUAGAUAACUAAUCUGCUUUUAAUCAUGACGUUUUAAUCUACCUCCGGCUUUACCCCGCGGUCUCUGGCCCAAGCGGGAGGAGGGCCCGGCCGCUGGGGCGCUCACCGAUAAGCUGACCGGCCGCCUGCUGGCCCCGAAGGACCCUGCCCCGCCCCCAGCCCCAGGGGCCUCCUCGCGCCCCCCGCAGUCUGAGCUUUGGAAGACUUCACCUCAUCUUAAGCAGAAUUCAAAUAUAUUUAUUUUUGUACUGAAGCCAACUUCUCCCCAUCUCCAGGUGGCUGGGCCCGCGGCCACCCCCUGCCCCCAGCGCCCACAUCGGGCCCCCCAGCUCCAGAGCACCAGGCCCCCCUGCCUCUGGUGAUGGGGAGGCCCUCCUAGACCUGGCUCUCCUUCUCCCAUCUCAGGGGCUUCUCUGAGGUGCUGUCCCCUCGCAUUAACCCUGGUUUCUUUCUGCACCCCACGCCGCGGUACCGAGGUGAUGUUGACAAAGAUGUGAAAGGGGUGCCUGAGGGGCGGCGGGGGUGGAGGCUGCGGGGCGCCCCGGUUUCACCGAAGGCUGGGCCACCCCCCCCAUUCUUGCCGCCUCGUGGAUGUGGGGUCCCCACCGCCAGAGCCCGGCCAGGGCCCUUCCUCGGGGCCGCGGGGCUGGCGGGGAGGACUCCUGGCUUGAGAACAGCCCCGCUGCCCUUUUCGAGCCGAGAUUUUGAAGUGGAUGCCGGUCUUGCCAGAAACACUGUUCUCACCAGAAUGCGCUCCCCGCCCCCCUCCCUCACUGGACUUGGCCUUACCCGGUGCCGAGCAGACCCCCCGGCCCCCCUGGAGAGGCUGUGUUCCCCUCCAGGCAGCCCUGGGCCCUCAGCCCCUUCCCGUCUGUCCUUGCUCCCCGGUGGGGAGGCGACCGAGGCCUGUGUGACCUAGUUUCCCAGAGUGCGAGCUGCCCCCUCCCCAAAAGCUGACUCACUGUGAGUGACUUGGGCAAGUUCCCAAACCUCCUUGUGCCUCAGUUUCCCCAUCUGAAAAAAUGGGGCCACCUCUUGCCAGCAGUAGCAGGGCCGCCCAUGCCCCUUCCUCCCCGUGCCCCCAUCCCAGCACGUGGGCGCCUCAUGCCUCUGCCUCAGUGGGGCCGCGGGAGCCCGCCUGAGCCCAGCGCUCACUGUCCGGAGCACCACACGCGGCCUGGCAGCAGUGGCGGCCGCGGGGAGCCGGGGUGCCGGGCCGCGGGGGCCGGGGUGUCCUCUUUUCUAUAUUUAUUUCAAAAAGAAGUCUCCCGAGGGAGUAAAGCACAGUGUGGCCGGGGCUCAGCCCGCUGUCCUCCCUGAGGUCUCAGCUGUGCCCGCCCCGCGGCCAUGGGCGGCCUUCCCCCUCCUUCUCAGAGCAAUACCCUCGGGGGUCCGCGCGGGGGGUCUGUGGGCUCAGGCACUGCGCCCCACAUCGGCCCGCUCUGACCCUACGCCUGCGGCAAAGCAAAAAAGGAGGUCGGGCCUGUCCUCACCGGGUGUCACACUGAGAGGUCCUGUUGUAAAGAAACAAAACGAAACAAAAAGUCACAAAAAAGUUUGUAUAAAGACCUAUUUUUGUACUACAUGGGGACUCUUCCUGCAUGUCAGCAAUAAAACUCCUGACCUGGA